GCAGUGGAACAUAAUAAAUAUGAUAAUACAAAGUCCACCACAUAUACACCACAGAAUGAGCCAUUUGUUAUUGAUUACGAAGAUGGCGGUGUGUCUGGGAUUUUAUCUACUGAUGACGUAAUCAUUGGUGGGCUUAAGGUUUCAUUACAGACAUUCGGAGAAGCGCUUAAUUUCUCGACAAGAUUUUGGGACUCUGCACAAUGCGACGGCGUUCUGGGGAUGGGUUAUCCCGACUUAUCUGAAUUUGAAGUGCCUUCUGUCUUCCAAAACAUGAUUGAUCAAUACGUGGUGUCUCAACCAAUUUUUAGCAUCUAUUUAAAUCGAAAUGAGAAUGACGUGAUCGGCGGUGAACUGAUAUUGGGUGGCACCAAUUCCUCCCAUUACGAGGGCGAGUUUACGUAUGUGGGUGUUACCCACGAAGAUUACUGGCAAUUUAAAAUGGAUAAGAUUCAAGUAAAAAAUUACACCUUUUGCUCGGAAGGCUGUCAAGCUAUGGUCGACACGGGCGCUUCUAGGAUAGGUGGACCACCGCAGACUAUCGAAGUUAUUUACAGAGAAAUCGGUGUUGUUAAUGAUACGGUGAACUGCGACGAGAUUUCUAAUUUGCCCAAUAUCAAUUUCGUCAUAGGUGGUAAGACGUUUCCACUCACUGGUCAAGAUUAUAUCUUGAAGCUCCGCGCUGAAAUUGGAGAUGAAUGCAUUCCCGGCUUUCAAGCUGUUCCUCCGUCUAAUGGUAUAGAAUGGAUUUUGGGCGAUGUAUUUAUUGGUCGGUACUACACCGUAUUUGACAUGGGGAACGACCGAGUGGGAUUCGCCAUUGCAAAACGAUAAAUCUUGAUUCUUCUUCUCAUGAAGUUAUAAUUAAAUAUUAGGAAAUCUAAAUGACAUUACUAAACAAAUAAUUCAUAUUUUUUUAGAAUAUCGACUGACAUACGAUUUGUAAUUUUAAUGGGAUUAUUUAUGUGGUAUAUUUUUAAAUUAAUAAGUAUGUAAGAAUUAGAAGAAAGAUAUGCGAUAUUUAUUCUACCAACGACUUGGUACAUCUUGUUUUUUCGGCAACUAUCGAAUUGUUAGAUGUUGUAAAUAUAACUUGUAUAUAAGUUUAUUAAAAUGAAGUCUAUUAAAAUGAAGUAUUUUUUACACUGAA